AUGCUAUAAUCAAAGCCGAGGUCAUUUGUUUAUUUUGCCUUGUGACUCUCAGCAGGUGUCUGCCAUGGGUGACAAGGAAGCAAGUAAUCACUCAGAACUGACUGACUUCAUCCUGAUAGGCUUCAGGGUCCGCCCAGACAUCCACAUCCUCCUCUUCCUGCUGUUUACGCUUGUAUAUGCCAUGGUUCUUCUGGGAAAUGUUGGGAUGAUGGCCAUCAUUGUGAGCGAUCCUCGGCUGAGCACACCCAUGUAUUUUUUCCUGGGCAAUCUCUCCUUUGUUGAUCUCUUCUACUCGUCUGUUAUUGCACCCAAGGCUCUGAUCAACUUCUGGUCUGAGAGCAAGUCCAUCUCCUUUGCGGGCUGUGUGGCUCAGCUCUUUCUCUUUGCCCUGUUCAUUGUCACUGAGGGAUUUCUUCUCGCAGCCAUGGCUUAUGACCGCUUUAUUGCCAUCUGCAACCCUCUCCUCUACUCUGUUCAGAUGUCGACUCGUCUCUGCACUCAGUUGGUGGCGGGUUCUUAUUUCUGUGGCUGCAUUUCUUCAGUCCUUCAGACCAGCAUGACAUUUACUUUAUCCUUCUGUGCUUCUCGGGCUGUUGAUCACUUUUACUGUGAUUCUCGCCCACUUCAGAGACUAUCUUGUUCCGACCUCUUUGUCCACAGAAUGAUAUCUUUUUCCUUAUCCUGCAUUAUCAUCUUGCCCACCAUAAUAAUUAUCGUUGUUUCUUACAUGUACAUCGUGUCCACAGUUCUAAGGAUGCACUCUGCAGAGGGACGUAAGAAAGCCUUUUCAACCUGCACUUCUCACCUGGGAGUAGUGAGUGUGCUGUAUGGUGCUGUCUUUUUUAUGUAUCUCACGCCUGACAGAUUUCCUGAACUGAGCAAAGUGGCAUCCUUAUGUUAUGCUGUGGUCACUCCCAUGUUGAAUCCUUUAAUUUACUCUCUGAGAAACAAAGAUGUUAAAGAGGCCAUAAAAAAAGUUCUAGAGAAGAAAAAUACUAUUCUGUGA